AUGACGGCAGGCCUGGAGAAAGCAUGCCAUCAGUGCAUCUCGAAAAUUGCCAGCAACGCUUGCCUCAUUUUUGGACUCCUGGCUUUCCUGGCAUUACCACUGUCUAUGGCUUUUGUAGGAAUGAGGUUUUUAAACGACUGCCCAGUCCAACCACUAAUUCCCUUAUAUCUGCUUGUGGCUGGUGUGGUUGGCAGUUUGAAGAUAGCGCUUCUGCUCUUCGACUCCACCCGGAUGAGGCAGCUCCUUUCAAAAUCGGUUAUGAUUGACGACGAUGACGAUGACGAAUAUCCGUGGAGGCAGAACGCUCACAAAUACUACAUUCACCUGACCCUCAGCCUGUUCCUCUUUCUCUGGUUCAUCCUGGGAAACUACUGGGUGUUUUCCACCUACCUGCCUAAUUUCAUCCCACCCUUCCAUCACCCGCAAGAUUACUGUGAUAAAACCUUGUACAUUUUUGCGUUCGGGGUCCUCCUCCUCAGCCACACGGUGCUGGUUUUGCUGAUCCUCUGCAGCUGCUGCGUCUAUUGCUUUUCCAAGCAACGAUAUGGUGCAGAGGAGAAUUAA